CACGCUGCUAAGAUGAUAUCAAGAUUGGGGAAAACUAGAGCUGUCAUUGCCUUUCUGUGCAUCGCCUGCAUUGGGAUAUUGUCGAGAUCUUCAUUUAAUCUAUCCGUGGACUCUCUCGGCGAUUUGAACAACAGUCACUGUGCCUGUCCCACAUGUUACACAAGAGAUGAUGAUCCCUGGUUUGGGGAGCUCAUCAAAGCAGCCCCUCCACCCUUUUUGUCCAAAAACUAUACAACCCCAGAAGAAGAUUAUGAUUGGUGGAAGCGUUUACAGUGGCAAGGAUACGACUAUGCUUUCUACCAGAAAACAGUGAAGGACGUAUUUGAGAGGUUCCCACACGUUCCAGAUGUCAUAAAAUACAAGCCUGGCCGCUGCAGGACUUGUGCUGUGGUGGGAAACUCUGGUAAUUUGAAAGGAUCACGCUAUGGACCUCUCAUAGAUUUCCAUGACAUUGUAAUAAGAAUAAACCGUGGCCGUACCAAAGGUUACGAAGCAGAUGUUGGGACCAAAACAACUCAUCGUGUUAUGUAUCCGGAGAGUGCGUUUACUUCGGACAACACCACUCAUCUUGUGUUUGUUCCAUUCAAGAUUAAGGAUUUACAGUGGCUCCUCGGGAAGUUUGAGCCAAGUGAUGCUAACUCAGGGAAGAUAGCUAACAGGGAUUUGGUGAUGAUUCUCAAUCCAGCAUUCAUGAAAUACGUCUAUGAACAAUGGCUGGAUAGGAAGGGCCGUUAUCCAUCAACUGGCUUCAUCACUUUGGCUCUCAGCUUUAGCAUUUGUGAUCAGGUCGAUGUUUUUGGGUUUGGAGCGGACAGUGAUGGAAACUGGAACCAUUACUUUGAAACUACAAACAGACAUCUGAGAACUGGACCUCAUCCUGGAGGGCAUGAAUAUGGACUUAUUGAGACUCUACACAAAAAGGAGAAAAUUGGUUUUUAUAGAGGGUUUUAAAGGUAAUUUUCUUUCUUUUAUUUUCUGUUCCUUUCUCUGUCAACUGUAUUAAGAAGAACAGACUUAGGGUAGGGAUGAGCGAGUACACCAUUACCUUCUGUAUCCAUACUCGGGUAACCGGAAGCGGGUAGGGUUUAGGACAGAAAUGGGUGUAACUUAUCGGAAACUUAUAGGCUAUUUUAAGCCUGGAAUUGAUAUGGGUUGAUUGAAAGUUGUUAUAUUUGUUAUUUAUUGGAAAACAGUUUACAGAACAUACUCAGUUGAUGAGUUUCUGUCAUUACAAGUAUUGAUACUGACAGAUCUUAUACCAUUGGCACUCAUAUUGGUCCUGGAGACUCAUCCAUUAUGAAAAUGAAUUAAUAGCCUCUUCCACUCUCCCCUCCCCAUUAUAGAGCCAUUUUGCCUUUUUUAGGGGUGGGACAUGGGGUCUUUUGGGGGAAAUAGCAUGUCAACAGUAUAUACUACAUAGAAGUUGUGGAUAGAAAACUGGGAAACGGAAGAGGAAU